AUGGAUUGGUCAACUGGGCGCCACCGAAGUCGCGCGGUCAAAAUUCGAGUCGGCGCGGCGCGACGUGCGUGUUUACGUUUCGAAACGUGUUUAGUGAGAGGAUCUCGGCUUGCUGUGUCGACGCAGCUUCACAUUGCUCUGCACAUUUGCUCAGCUGAAGCGGACGUCUGGGCGUGCGUGGAUCUACAUGUCAAGACCAUUUUGCAUCGAUUUGAAGUCAGCAGAUGGGCACCACCGUCGUCGCCGCGCGGAUGCGGGGCCUUGGCCGCCGUGGCCGUGGUUGUGGUUUGGACACACUGUCUGUUUACCAUCGACGUGAUGUUUGUGACAAUGUGCUCUCGCUGAUGGCAGUGCGUGG